UUCCCUUCCCUUUCUUCACAAGAAGAAGAAGAGAAUAAGAAGAAUAAGGAAGUGAUUUUCAACUCUUGGAGUUAGGUUUGGAAGGCAAUGUUAGCUAAGAUGAAGAGCUUUGGUCAUGAGUCUUUUGGUUCGCGGAAGUCGCCGGCUGUAACCACGAGCCGUGUCGAAGUGGAGACGGCUUGUAGGAGCUUUGAGAGCUACUUGGUGGAGAUGGUUGUGGAAGAAGGGAAUGUGAGAGAUCUAAUGGAUGUGGAAGAGCUUCUUUAUUGUUGGAAUAGCUUGAAAUCUCCUGUUUUUAUUGAGUUGGUCUGUGCAUUUUAUGGAGAGCUUUGUAGGGAUUUGUUCCCAGAUUUCAGAAGGAUGAGAAGAAUGGAUGGAUAUGAAAAAGAGGACUUUAAGAGAAAUAACAUGCGGCAACAACCAACAAUGAUGCCCCAACAACAUCAUUUGAUUCGCCCUGGAUCAUCUCCUCCACAGUGCACCUUCAAGUGUGGAAAGUGCACUCCAUGCCAACCAAUACAUGUGCCAUUCCCACCAGGCACUUAUGUGAUUGAUGAAUAUUAUCCUGAAACUUGGCGGUGCAUGUGUGGCAAUCAUCUUUUUAUGCCUUAG